AUCUUUCCCUUUUUCUCCCAAUCCGAAGGGGUCUGUGGCCAACGCCGACUAGGGGUGGUGACAACCGGGGUGAGAGGACGGCUUAUGGUGGCAAAAUAUGGAUCCUCAGAACCAACCACCGUUUAAUUCUACCGAUCAUUGUUUUAUUUUGAACAUAACCGUCUCAAAUGGCAUCUGGAAUGCGGACAACCCCUUCACGGAAUCGCUCCCGUACUUUAUAGUUCAACUCGCCACCGUUCUCAUCCUCAAUCGCAUUCUCUUCCUCCUUCUCAAGCCUUUCCGGCAGCCUCACGUUGUCGCCGAUAUCCUUAGUGGCAUUCUGUUGGGUCCAUCACUAUUAGGGAAGACAGUCAUCUUCCCUCAUUUGUUUCCUACGAAGGACAUCGUAAUUGUGGAGACAGUGGCGUACAUGGCCGUUGUUUUCCACGUGUUCUUGGUAGGUCUUGAGCUCGACAUAACAUCAAUGGUCUGCUCAACCAGUAAGGCAGUAGCAUUCUCCCUAGCUGGAGUUCUCACCCCCUUUGUCACCGGCAUCGGCUUCUUUUACCUUUCCCAAGCAUUAAAGACACCUACUUCUGACCUCAAUCUCAAAAUUUCCAUCCAAGGUUGCAUUUUAUGGGCCACUGCACUGACAAUCACCAGCUUCCCCGUGGUCGCCCAAAUUCUAUCAAGUCUGAAGCUCCGUCAUUUGGAGAUUGGACGACUGGGAAUGUCCACUGCUCUUCUCUCCUAUGUGGGCAAUUGGAUUCUCAUAGCCUUUGUUUUACCCCUCUGUGUCAAUCCAAAAAAUGCACCUUAUGUAAUGACAUCAACCAUGGCGUUCAUUCUAGCAUCCAUCUACAUGAUUCGCCCGUUGCUUAAGAUGAUCAUAAAUCGAUCGUCCCACAGGAAAAGCCGUCACUACUACAGCGACUAUUACCUAUGCUUCGUUCUUGUUGGUGCGUUGCUCUCUGCCUUUGUAGCUGAUGUAGCAGGCACACAUUCUGUGGUCGGAGCAUUUGUGUUUGGACUCAUAAUGCCAAAAAGCGACUUGGGGAUUUUGUUGAUCAACAGGUUCGAUUACUUUGUGUCGAGGCUUUUGAUGCCGCUGUUUUUCGUUGCUUCAGGGAUUAGAGUUGAUGUUUCUAAAAUUCAAAUGCAUUGGUGGCUUCUGGUCAUUGUCAUCAUCUUGCUCUGCCUUGUUAAGGUUCUAAUUGCUUUGUUGAUUUCGUUCUUCUUCAACAUCCCUCGUAGAGAUGGUGUUGUCGUUGGAUUACUCAUGAGCACCAAAGAAGUCUUGGCCAUAAUCGUCAUCAACACUGCCUGGGAUAGGGGGGUUUUGCAAGGGGAUGAUUAUUCCAUAAUGGUGCUUGCCCUACUAACAAUGACUGGUAUAGUUGCGCCAAUCAUAUCUGUCAUUUACAAUCGCAACAAUCCUCCGGUGCAAUACAAGCGUAGAUCCCUGCAAGGAGCAAGAGCCGAUCCUGAAGUCCGAAUGCUCACUUGUAUCUAUUCUUUGGAUAAUGUACAAGGCAUUAUCCAGCUCCUCGAUUUCGCUCGAGCUACCAAACAGACUGUCUCCGUUUUUGCCCUCCACCUUGUUGAGCUCACAGGAUGUGCCUCAAGGAUGCUUAUAGUCCAUGGCACGAAGAGGACUAGUUCAAUCUGUCAACGAGAUAAUAUCCCUGAAUCAGAUCAGAUUGUCAAUUUACUUGGAAAUUACGAAGAAGAAAACCCUAGCAUCUCCAUCCAAGCCUUCACAACACUCUCUCCUUCUGACCACAUGCACGAGGACAUACGUUCCUUGUGUGAAGACAAGCGCGUGGCACUCAUGAUCAUACCAUUCCACAAGCAACUGAUGGCAGACGGACACUUGGAAGAGACAAACCCUGCUCAUCGAAGCAUAAACCAAAGCGUGCUUUCAAGUGCUCCUUGCUCUGUAGGGAUCUUCGUGGACCGCGGCCUCGGAGUAGCCAAAGAGAUGAAGAUGCACCGUGUUGCGGUUAUAUUCAUCGGCGGCCCUGAUGACCGUGAGGCAUUAACUUACGGUUGGAGAAUGGUAGGGAAUUUGGAAAUCCGCUUGACAGUGUUCCUGUUCCUCUUCAAUGGUGAUGUUGUCGAGACAAAACAUAAUGACUCCUCUGAUAGCAUUCCAUCAUUGCAACCUUUAUCCUCCUUCAUUUACAGGCAAAAACAAAUCGAUGACGAGUAUGUAAACGAGUUCAGGCUACGAACAGCUGGUGAAGAGAGCGUUGAUUUUGAAGAGAAGAUUGUUAACAGCAGAGAAGGUCUCCGCACGGCGUUGAAAGAAACAGAAGACAAAUUCGAGCUGUUCAUUGUUGGGAGAGGAGCUGGGAUGGCCUCCCCACUCACGGCUACGUUAGACAACUUUAGUGAUUGUCCGGAGCUUGGGGUGGUCGGUGACUUAUUAGCCUCAUCAAAUUCCAGCUUCGGCAGUUCAGUGCUGGUGGUGCAGCAGUACAGUGGUCUACCAGGCGGUGGUCCGCUGAAAUCCAUCUCGUCAACGUCGAGCCAGUCUAUGCAUAAUAGCAAGGAGGCAGAGUUGGGGAUGAGUAGGCAGUGUAAUUCGAUAGGAAGUAAUGAAGGGCGUGGCUUUGAGGCGUACGUGAAGCACAAAAGAAGAUACGAUGAAGAUGACAACGGAAGUGAUGAUGAUUAAUUUACAAGAGGUGUGGAACUAUGAAAAUUAUGCUACAAUUUAUUUUUUAUUUUUUAUUUUUUGUAAAUUGGAUGAUGGGCAUGGGAUAGCCAUUCCCUUUUCAAAUAUCUCCUUACCCAUUUCGAAAUGAAAAAUUAAAAUUUCU